CACGUCACAUGUGAAGAAAAACAAGUGAGAGAAUGGAGGCUGUAACUGUGUUUGGCGGAGGAAGACCAUACCUUUCUUCCUCAUCUAUUCGGAGCUCCCAACCUGAGAGAACUUGCAGCUUAUCCUGCUCCCACAACCCUAUCAUACGCACCCACUACCGCCAUUUAGCUGCAUUUUCUUCUAAUUCACAUCUCUUCUCUCAUAUCCCAUCAAGAAGUAAAACCCUUACCAAACCCCAUAUUUUCCUUCCUCACUUGGUUGCUUCCUUGGAAAAUGUUGAAGAGUCUUACAUAAUGAUAAAACCAGAUGGAGUUCAACGUGGCCUUGUUGGAGAGAUAAUUUCAAGGUUUGAGAAGAAGGGGUUUAAAUUGACUGGACUAAAGCUCUUCCAGUGCCCCAAAGAAUUAGCUGAGGAGCAUUAUAAGGAUCUCAGUGCUAAGCCAUUCUUCCCUACAUUGAUUGACUAUAUUACAUCAGGUCCAGUUGUGUGUAUGGCAUGGGAGGGUGUUGGCGUUGUGGCUUCAGCUCGUAAGUUAAUAGGGUCUACGAACCCUCUUCAAGCAGAACCCGGAACUAUAAGAGGGGAUCUUGCUGUUCAAACUGGAAGGAAUGUGGUUCAUGGGAGCGACAGUCCUGAAAAUGGCAAGCGUGAAAUAGGUAAGGCCUUUACUGCCUUACUGUUGUACUACUAUGUAUCGUUUAAAAUAUUUUGCCUUAAAUUUCUACACAGAUGAAUAGAAAGCUACAUUUUUUCUUUGUGUCGGUUCUUAAAAAAUGAAUGUUUGUACUGUAUAUUAUUUGUUAUGCAAUUAUUUUCCUUUUUCUAAAAAAGUAAGAAGGCUUGUCAUGGUGAGUGAUGAGUAAAAGUAAUCUGAGCUUAUUAACUCAAAUUGGUGGAAGGAAAAAGGCAACAUUGUUACAACUUUUUUUUUUGCUCUUUGUCUCACAAUUGUUUGCACUUUGCAGCUCUAUGGUUUCACGAGGGUGAAGUAAUUCAGUGGACAUCGACUCUCUCGCCAUGGCUAAGGGAGUGAUUCUUCAUCAAAGCUCAAAUUGAGGAUUUGUAAUUUUGGAAGAGUUAUUUUGUCCACCUAUGAUUACUACCAGAUAAUAAUUGAUGGUGUUGAUUUCUUUCAAUUUAAGUAUAAAAUUGUAAUAGAAAAAAAAUGAUAGAAAUGAAGCACACAAUACUAAUUUGCAAUAAUUGAUGGUGUUGAUAAUAA